AUGUCUGAGUACCGUAGCGUCGCUCGGCGCGCGAUAAGCAAUACCGGCUGCAAUUAUAGAGAAGCGCAGUGCUUGUAUAUUCUUAUCCCAUUCACUCUUGCAAUUGUCGACUGCUUGGAUGGAGAGAAAAAUGGAUGGCUCGAGCAAAUGGAUUUGCAAUUGGGUCAAUCUUUUCAAUCGUCGGUCAUCUUGCGCUUCUCAGCAUUUGAGAUGCACUGGAUGGGUCUGAUGCUACAGGAGCGUUGCGUAGUGAUGUCUAGCAAUAAAGUGCUGGCAGUAACUCAGUGGUCAAAGCAGUAUAAUAUCAAUGCAAAUAAUAUUAACUUAAAUAUAUGA